CGUUAGAUUGGCAUUCCUUAUAAGAGCUGGACUGAUCUGCAUAUCCUCAUUCGGUUAACUGCUGAGUAAUUGGAUCAUCAGCAUAGCAACGAUGUGGAGGCACGUUUGGCCGAGAUCCGCUGCUAUUUCCGGCGUACGAGGGCUGCGACGAUCGUGCAGCGUUAGACGCGUGCACUCCUGUGCUUGUGACUGGGAGCAGCUCACCAUACCUCCUCUCUUCUCUUCUCGAAUUCUCUUUCGCAAUGCAUCCGCAUCUGUUCCAUCUGUGGAGAAAGUUAUUAAUUCAUACGCCGGCAAGAAAUGUUUCUUUUCAAGUCAAGCUUUGGUUGAUCUUCCAGUUGGUGGGAUAGUUGAGGUGCCCUUAGCGCAAACUGGUGAAGGUAUUGCUGAAUGCGAACUUCUCAAAUGGUUCGUAAGGGAGGGAGACCAAAUUGAAGAAUUUCAGCCCCUAUGUGAAGUUCAGAGUGAUAAAGCAACUAUUGAAAUAACAAGUCGUUACAAGGGAAAAGUUUCACAGAUUCUUUAUAGUCCUGGUGACAUAGUGAAGGUUGGAGAAACUCUUCUCAAGAUGGCUGUGGAAGAAUCUCAGGUCCCAUCUGUGAGUUCUGAUGGUUUGGAAAAUACAACACAUUUGAAUUCUGAGUUGUGUAAAGAAAACAUUGGAGGAGUUCUUGCAACUCCUGCUGUUCGGAAUCUGGCAAAGCAGUAUGGUGUAAAUAUAAAGGACAUUCAUGGAACUGGUAAAGAUGGGAGAGUUUUAAAAGAAGAUAUCCAAAAAUAUGUUGACAGCAAAGGAACUAUGAAUACAGAAUCAUUUGCAACUUUACAUGCAAGUUCAUUAGAACAUGUGGUGGUAAAAGAGGAGAAAUCGUCAUAUCAGUUAGCUGCAGAUGGAUCUCAGUAUGAAGAUAAGACAAUUCCCCUGAGGGGUUUUCAGCGUUCAAUGGUUAAAUCUAUGACCAUGGUUGCCACUGUCCCUCAUUUUCAUUAUCUAGAAGAGAUGAAUUGUGAUGCUCUUGUGGAGCUUAAAGCAUCUUUCCAAGAUGCAAAUUCUGAUCCAAAUAUCAAACACACUUACCUGCCGCUCUUAAUAAAGUCACUUUCGAUGGCAUUGACUAAAUAUCCCAUUUUAAAUAGUACCUUCAGCGAGGAAUCAUAUGAGGUUAUAUAUAAAGGAUCCCACAAUAUUGGAAUUGCUAUGGCUACUCCGUACGGUUUAGUGGUACCAAACAUAAAGAAGGUUCAGUCAUUGUCCAUCCUGGAGAUUACAAAGGAGCUGUCACGGUUACAGCAUUUGGCAUUAAAUAACAAGCUUAGCUCCGAGGAUAUCUCUGGUGGAACAAUAACUUUAAGCAACAUUGGAGCAAUCGGUGGGAAGUUUGGCUCUCCCCUCCUCAACUUGCCUGAAGUUGCUAUCAUUGCAAUUGGUCGAAUCCAGAAACUUCCACGUUUUGCUGACGAUGGAAAUGUGUAUCCUGCAUCCAUUGCCAAUGUAAAUAUUGGAGCAGAUCACAGAGUUGUGGAUGGAGCAACUGUUGCAAGAUUUUGCAAUGAGUGGAAGCAUUUAGUUGAAAAACCUGAGCUGCUCGUUCUACACUUGAGAUAGAACUCCCUA